AUGGCUUUCCUUGAUCUUGUUUUUAAUCUUCCAAAAAACGACAGAACUAUCAGCUUUACUUAAAUUGCUUAAAAAACAAAAUAAGAUGUUAAAGAAAUUGAAUUUUUGCUUAUUAGAUGUAUGGCUUAUGGACUUGUAAAAGGAAUGAUUAAUGAAAUUAAGCAAUAAGUUACUAUAAGUUGGAUGAUCCCAAGAAUUUUAGAUAAUUAAAGAAUUGAAGUUAUGAAAAAUAAAUUUAAUGAAUGGAGUUUUGUUAUGAAAAACUUAAUCUAAGUUGUUGAAUAAUAAGCUUCGCCUAUUUAUUGA